AUGGAGAAGUUUUGGGAUCCUUUGAAAGGCGAACGCGAACUACAAUUAGAUCGUGUAUGGAGUGUUGAUCGCCAACCUAUUUCAGAAAGAAAUAUCCCCGGGGUGGACCAUAUUGGUCAUUGGUCUCAUCUGAAUGGUAUUGACUUCCCCGAGCUCGAUAACAAAGAAGUCAGUAUCUUGAUGGAAGUGACGUUCCGGAAGUUCAUUGGACAUUGGAGGAAAGACGGGGAGGACCUAAAGAACCAUUGGCAGUUCGUACCAUACUUGGUUGAACGCUGUUUGGUCCUAUGGGAAGUGGAACUAACACGGAAGAAAAUGUUAAUUUCGUACAGAUCAAUCAUGGUGAAGAAAUAA